AUGGCUUCGACGCAUGCUCUUAAGAAGAACUACCGCUGCGACCGCUCCCUGCAGCAGUUCUACACUGGCGGGCCCUUUGCCGUCGGGCUCGCCCCCGGCGGUGAUGGCGAGGGCGGCGCCGAGGCUGAGGCCUUCCUCCGUGCGCAUGCGGUGGGGAGUGUGUUGGGUAGGGAACUAGGGAUAGGGGUCAUUGCCUCAUUGGGACAUGAUGGUCCUAUCAUGGCCAUGGCAUGCCAUGCUUCUGGUGGUUUGCUUGCAACUGCCGGAGCAGACAAGAAGGUCUGCGUAUGGGAUGUGGAUGGUGGAUUUUGCACCCAUUUCCUUAGAGGCCAUACAGGCGUUGUGACAACCAUUAUGUUCCACAAAGAUCCAAAAAGUCUUCUGUUGUUUUCAGGAAGUGAGGAUGGCACUGUGCGAGUGUGGAGCCUUGAAACUAAAAAAUGUGUUGCUGUGCUUAAAGAGCAUUUUUCAGCAGUCAGUUCAUUGACAUUGUCUGAUGAUGGACAAACUUUGCUGAGCGCUGGGAGGGAUAAGAUUGUUACCGCGUGGGAUAUUCGUAAGUACAGCUCAAAGAAGACAAUACCGACAUAUGAAAUGAUAGAAGCUGUUUCCUUCAUUGGAUCAGGAAGUGAGUUCUUGGCUUGUUUGGGCAUAGAAGUGGCAAAUAUAAAGGAGAAAGUGUCUGGUUAUUUUCUCACAGUUGGUGAACGUGGGGUCGUGCGUAUUUGGUGCUUGGAGAGUUUUUGUUCUAUUGUCGCAAAAGAACUGAUGAUGGGACCGACCUUUGAACUGUCCCUAUAUAGACGACUAAUAGGUUAUAAUGAUGAGAUUCUUGACUUGAAGUUUGUCGGGGAGGAGGAACAAUAUCUUGCUGUAGCUACCAACUUGGAGCAGGUCCGUGUUUAUGAUGUGGCGUCGAUGUCAUGUUCUUAUGUACUUGCUGGCCACACCGAAAUAGUUGUUUGCAUUGACACCUGUGUCUCUGCUUCUGGGAAGACAGUUGUUGUAGCUGGGAGCAAGGAUAAUACUGUGAGGUUAUGGGAUGCUGAAAGAAAAAACUGUAUUGGCAUUGGCAAAGGCCAUCUGGGAGCUGUUGGUUCUGUUGCCUUCUCAAAGAAAACAAAGAACUAUUUUGUUAGUGGCAGCAGCGAUCAAACCAUCAAGGUAUGGACCUGGGACGAUGCCCUUGGUGAUGCUGAGGAUGAAGUCCCUCUUAAAGCAAAGGCUGUUGUAGCUGCACAUGAUAAAGAUAUUAAUUCUCUGGCAAUUUCACCUAAUGAUGGUCUUGUUUGCAGUGGUUCUGAGGACCGAACUGCUUGCAUAUGGAAACUCCCUAACCUAGUGUCCUCUGUUGUCCUUAAGGGGCACAAAAGAGGAAUCUGGUCAGUUGAGUUUUCUCCUGUUGAACCAUGUGUCACGACAUCCUCUGGUGAUAGAACAAUCAAAAUAUGGUCCAUUGCUGGUGGCUCAUGCUUGAAGACAUUUGAGGGUCAUACAUCAAGUGUUCUGCGAGCUUCUUUCCUUUCACGUGGAACUCAAGUUGUUUCUUGUGGAAGUGUUGGUCUAGUGAAGCUAUGGACAAUCGAGACAAAUGAAUGCAUUGCUACUUAUGAUAAGCAUGAUGGGAAGGUCUGGGCAUUGGCUGUUGGCAUGAAAACCGAAAUGGUUGCUACUGGUGGAGCCGAUGCUGUCGUCAACCUGUGGCAUGAUUGCACCAUGGAAGAUAAGCAGGAAGAUUUCCUUAAGAAGGCAACCACAGGCCCAAUAAACGUGGCCUCCUACUCCUUCCGGAGAAAAGCACCACACAUUGAGUCCACGAUCGUGAGUCGGAAAAGUCUGUGGCUGGCUAUUCUUCUUCACGAUUCUUUGAUAGAACCACAUGAAAAUGUUAUGAAGAAGACGACUAUCAGUCCUGUCAAGAUCAGGAGGACAUCGGUUCGGCUGUCUAGAGCAUAUCGUAAAAAGACAAUCAAAUGGAGUAAAUAUAAUACAAAACUGUUGUAUGAGUGUUGUCUUGAGGAAAUGAAAUCUUUGGAAAAACUAUCAUAUAAGGUGAUAGCACAGAAACUCCACGGUAAAGGACUAACGUCUGAUGAAAAGAAUGUAAGAGAGAAGAUACUUUCUGCAAAAAGACUUUACACUUUCUGGAAAGAGAAAGUGGAGGCAGUACCAGUUGCUAACAGGGACAAUAAGUGGUGGGACAAAAUACUAAAGAAACGUAAAAGCACUCCUACAUACAGAAACCUGAAAGAUCGCCCACCAGAAAAUCUAGAGUUCCUUGAAAUUAUGUUUGGGCCACGCGCAGGAAAGAAUGUACCUCAUGUGCCUCCUGUAGUGCAGUCUAGGCACCAGCCGGUAUCAGCUCCAACAACUUUGCCUUCAAGGGCUGAUGCCUCAACCGAAUGGAAAGAAUUUACUACACCUGAAGGACGAAAGUGCUAUUUCAACAAAGUGACCAAGCAAUCAAAAUGGACUAUUCCUGAUGAGUUAAAGGUUGCACGUGAAUUGGCAGAGAAGGCAUCAAAUCAACAACCUGAGCGAGAAUCAGGAAUAGCUGCUAGUGCUCUUGUCGGAUCUGCUGCCUCUGAACCUUCUACUAUACCUGCUAAUCAGUCGUCAUCUGCUGUUGGUAUAAUUGCUCCCAGCUCACAUGAUGGGUCAUCAAACUCUGUUCCUCCUGGUGCUGCCCCGUCGCACAAUGUGGAGAACACUUCCAGUUCAAUUGUUGACAUGCAAAAUUGUGGUCCAAGUACUGCUGUUGUUCCUGUUGCAACAAGCACAGAAGUUCCAUUAGUUGCAACAGAUGCAGGGGCCAGCAGAAACAACAAUGAAAAUCCAUCUCUGACCACAGGCUGA